AUGCUUCUGUCCUUAUGGAAGAUCGACUUUUACUUGAACAAGAAAAUGCGAGGGCGGGGGAGAGGUAGGGGUAGAGGAAGAGGCAGGGGGAGGGGGUAUGGCCGAGGGGGGAGGGGAAGUUAUCAUCACCACCACCAGCAGAACUUUGACCAAUCCCCAAGCAGAAAAAGGGGAGGUCCAGAUGUGGAGCAUCAUGGGAGUCCUCAGAAGGUGGCAAGGCAUGAUGGGACUGAUGUCACACCUGAUACAAAGUUACAUGACCCGACAGCUGACCCCAUGGCAUAUCUGAUGGAUGAUGGGAGUUCUUCCGAUUCAGAGCCAGCAGAGGUGCCCUCCCACCCUGCCCAGAGUGCUGCCACCCCCCCUGCAGCAGUGGUAGUGCCCAGACAGGUGACAUCAGGACUGGGUAGCCUGGUGGCAGCCUAUGGAGGCAGCUCAGAGAGUGAGGAGGAGGAGGGGGAGAUCAGAGAUUCUCCUGUACCAAAGCUAAUGCAGCCAUCCCAACUAUCCACACAACAACCUGGGCAAGUUACAGCCCCGCAUACUGGCCGUGAAGAUAGACAAUGGAACCACCCAGAGGGAAGGAGAGGUGCACCAUGGGAAAGGGGCAGGGGCAGAGGUCGUGGCAGGGGGAGGGGUAGAGGUCAGGGUCGGGGUGGCGGCAGUGGGAGGGGUCAUGUGGCACCUGAUCAGCAACACCUGAGGAAGAGACGAUCAACACUGCUGGAAAUGCUGCUCGCUCCCGACAUCAGACAUGAGCGUAACGUGGUGUUACAGUGUGUGCGAUACGUCGUCAGGAACAAGUUCUUUGGGAUUGGAACUGCCAAACCUGGUCUUGUUACCUCACAAACUGAUGUCCCAACAGGAGAGGACUCUACAAAUCAAAUGAAGGAAUGCAAAACUGAUGCGGAGCCCAGUACCCCAGAGGAUAAACCAAUACAAAAGACUGCUGAUCUUUAA